AUGACGUGGCUUCAACGAUCUUAUUCAAAUAAGAUUCAAGAAUUCGAGUUGGAGAUGAAGGUUUCACUAGUUGUUAAUUUAAGGGCAUAUAAAAAGUUAUCAGCCAUUGGAGCGUGGGAGAACAGUAGAAAAGCAAUUGUAGAAGCUCAGCUAAAGAAGAUUGAGGAAAAACUUGAAAAGAAGAGGGCAGAAUAUGCAGAGAAGAUGAACAACAAGAAGUCUGAAAUCCACAAGGCAGCAGAAGAAAAGAGAGUGAUGGUCGAGGCCAAACGUGGAGAGGAUAUUCUCACUGUAGAAGAGAUAGCUGCAAAAUUCCGUUCAACUGGCAAUACUCCAAAGAGGAUAUUUGGAUGCUUUCGCUUCUGAUUUCUUAGGCUAAAACCAAACAACACACCUAUGGAAUUUAACACUUUGUUUUCUUUGUUGCUAGGCUUGUUUGAAUUGUUUUCUUGUGUAAUAAUCCAGUGUGAUUUUAUACAUCUGUCUUAUAAGUAUGUAAGAAAAGAAAAGAAAAGAAAAGAAAAAGGAAGGAAAGGCGGAAAAAGAAACAAAGAAAAAAAAAAAAAUCUCUUUCAAUGUUCUAUCUCUGCGAAAACUUAAUCCUAAAUGAAAA